AGAUGGAACCCUGGAUGAUCGAUAUGCUUGGAAGCAACGCUGGUGGCAGCCAUGAUCUGAAUAUGAUUGGAAGAAAUGCUGGUGGGAGCCAUGAUUUAGAAUUUGCUGAAACUCAAUAUGCUAGCCCACAAGAGGAACAAGUUUGCAGAGAGGCUGUACCUGUGGAAGCUAGCACUACAGUGAAAGAUAACAAGAAGAGAUCCAAGAAUUUUAGUGUCCAGGAGGACAAUUUGUUGGUGGCAGCAUGGUUAGAAAUUAGCAUGGAUGCAGUACAAGGCAUUGAUCAACCUCGUGCUACUUACUGGGAAAGAAUCCAUGAGCACUACCACUUGCACAAGGAUUUUGAGACUGACCGCAAUAGUGGUUCUCUUGCUCAUCGUUGGGGCAUCAUUCUAGAAGCAGUUAACAAGUUCUGUUCAUGGUAUGGUCAUGUGCAAAGAAGGCGGGAAAGCGGUUUGGCAGAGCAAGAUAGGGUACUGAAAACCUGUGAAGUGUUCAAAAAUGAGGAAGGCAAAGCAUUUGGUUUGCUACAUUGUUGGAAUGUCUUGCGGUAUGAGGAAAAGUGGAAGGAGGCAUGUGCAAAUAAGAAACAGAAGACCACCUCCAAUGCUAGUCCAGGGACAUCUACUCCUCCAAGCUCUGAAAAUAAUUGACGACCAACCACAGAGCCACCCCGCCUUGGAGAACUUGUACCCUCAUACUACGUGUGAGCUAUGUGUAGUGCCGAAAGGAUUAGUUCAUCAUUGUCAUCCGAUGACGACGACGACGACGACGAUUCUAAACGAAAGAGAGAGCUCAUUUCGGCAAGAGAAGGAAGAAUGGUGUGGUGUGGA